UUUCAUAGAUUACUAAAAACCAGUCUUCAAUUUUUUUGUUUCCUUUCUUUCGUUUCGUUGCUGAAGGGGAAAAAAAUAAUAUUAAGUUCUAUUAUAAUUUCUGAUAAACCAAAGUCCAUAGUAAAGAAAAGCAAACAAAUUUGAUUCCACUAAAAUAAUGUCUUUGAAAUUAUAUCACUUCCCAAUAAGUGGGCCAUCUCGCGGAGCUUUACUAGCAGCAAGAGCCAUUGGAGUUCCUAUACAAAUAGAAAUAGUUGAUUUAUUCAAAAAGGAACAAUUAAAAGAAGGUUUCUUGAAAAUUAAUCCACAGCACUGUGUUCCCACAUUGGAAGAUGAUGGUUUCAUAUUAUGGGAAAGUCGCGCGAUUGCUUGCUAUUUAGCCGACAAGUAUGGCAAGGAUGACCAACUUUACCCUAAAGAUUUGAAACAACGUGCUCUUGUAAAUCAGAGAUUAUAUUUUGAUUGCUCUUCAAUAUAUGUAAAGAUAAGAGCAAUUUGCUUUCCAAUUUUAUUUCUUGGUGAAACAGAAAUCAAACAAAACCUAAAGGAUGAUCUGAAUACCACAUUUGACCUUCUUGAAGAAUUUCUUAGAGGAAGUAAAUGGGUAGCAGGAGAUAAUAUGACAAUAGCUGAUACUUCAAUCUAUGCAUCUGUGUCUAGCAUACUUGCUGUGGGCUGGGACAUUUCUAAAUUUCCUAACAUACAACGCUGGGUGUUAGAAUGUGCUUCAUUGCCUGGUUAUCAGGAAAACCAAGAAGGUGCUCAAGAUUUUGGCGAAGCAGUGAAGAAGAAUCUUAAGCAGUGA